AGCGACGCGGCGGCCGCAGCCCUGGGCGCUGGGCCUGCGGGGGCGCCGAGGGGGCUCGAGGAACGGCUGCGGCGCGCGCCAGAGUCGGCAGCCGGGACGGGCCCUCGACGCUGAGCCGCGGUGGGGGUCGCGCUGGCGCUCCGAGGGCCUGUGAGCACGAACGCCGCGCACCGCAGGAACCGGGCGGUCGCUGGCCACUUCGGGGGGCCCUGCCUCGCCGCCCCGCGGGUCCAGAGAGCCGGGUGGUCACUUCUGGAGGGUGCGGUGACCCCGUCCGGCACGUUUCCGGGAUCCAGGCGCGUCCGCCCCGGCCGCCGCACGUUCCUGGAGGCCACCCGGGGUCCAGCGCCGCCUCGGUCGAGCCCCGGGACGCCCCUGGAUGGCUGAGCUGCCCCCUCGCCGGCCGCCCGGGCGCCGCAGCGGCUGAGGUCGCUGGGAUCGCCCGGCCGCCGCCGCCCUCGCCGCCCCCUGCAUGCCCGGCGCGCGGGUCGCAGCCCACCUGGACUCUCUGGGGCCCCUGGUGUCCUACGUGCAGCCGCCGCUGCUGCCCUCUAUGUUCUACGUGGGCCUCUUCUUCGUCAAUGUGCUGAUCCUCUACUACGCCUUCCUCAUGGAGUACAUCGUCCUCAACGUGGGCCUCGUCUUCCUGCCCGAGGACUUGGACCAAGCGCUCGUGGACCUCGGCGUGCUCUCCGACCCCGGCUCCGGCCUCUACGAUACCGACUCGGAGCUCGACGUCUUGGAUGGAUACUUGGAGUAGGGUGGACUACUCUUCCCCUCUCCCCUCCACGAUCCUGGUUGGGUGCGCUGUCUGGACCCGGAUGGGACCCCAGGAGGAGCCCUCCGAGGCCUGUCUGAUCCCCUCGAAGGCUUUGUGCCAGCAAAGAGCUGCGUGACCCGCCCCAAGCGAGCAGAAGGAGACCGAGGAGGGCCAAGCCCGGGGGGGCUCCCCGAAGACCUGAGCCGCAGCAGAGGACCUGGCCUUGGGAUGGAUGUUUACGGGACACAGCCAGAGUCUGCACCUGGCGGCACCUGCUUCCCCGCUGCACCCCGGAGAGAGCACCUCCGGGCUCCGGGCUCCUUCGAUGCCAGUGGAGCCUUCAGCCGUCUGGGUUUAGCCUGAGGCUGGUCUUGGGUGCAGCGACUGUUUAGGGAGUAGCCCAGGAGCAGCAGCCCAGGAACCUGGGGACAGGGCAGGUUUGACUGCUCCUUUCAAGUGGCUGGUUUUCGUUGAGUUGGCAGGACCGAGGCCUUGUGCUGGAGCAGGGCCACGAUGCUCCUCUGGCCAGAAAUAUAUUUUUGAAAAUGUGGGUGGUGUGAAUACUUGGUUGCGAUAUACCUGUAAAAGCAAUACUUAGGAUGCGCUCUUAUUUCCAUUAAAAAAUGUAUGCAAUUCA